CCUCCCCCAAGUCUCCCCGCGCGAAUAAAAGGCCGGCCGGUCGGUCGGCUUCCAGCAGUCAGGCGCGUCUCUUCCAACCAGUCACAACUCGCCACUGCACCAAUAAGCCGGCCGGUCCGUGCGAUCCAAGAGUAUCAGACUGUAUACGUAGCCAUGCUCGGGAGGAGAAACAAUGGGUCGCCGACGACGUCGAAGGCCCGAGCAGACGGCGCGGGCCUCGCCGGCGCCAGCACCGUCGUCGCCGACGGCGGGCAGGCGGAGGUGGCCGCGUCGCAGUUCGUCGUGCAGCUAGAUGAGGCGGCCCGGGAGAGGCUGGAGCGCAUGAACCGGAGGCUGAGGCUGCUGGAGCAGCAGAUGGAGAUGCUGGAGGCGGAGGUCGGGAGGGCCAGCAGCACCGCCGACGACUAGGAGUAUACCGGCGCCGCCCCUCGUCGGAGAGACCAUAGCUAGAAGUAGAAGCCUUCCUUUCCUUCUUUUCCCUUCUCAGCUUCUCGCUGAUGGAAGAACACGCACGCACGGUGAUAGUAUCAUGCGCGCUUGUUAGGCCUUCCUUUUCUUGUGGUGAUGAAAGAACAUGGCUGUGACUAUGGCUAUAGUGAAUCACGGUUGUAUUCCUGAA